AUGAUGGACUGGCCAGAAGGCAAAGAUUUAGGAGCAUUGCCCAAGGAGGUGACUCCUGCCCAAGAAGCACCACCAUACAAGUCAUCAGAAAGUGAAAGUCCCCCCGCACCGGUGCUCGUUAUUUCUGACACCCUGCGGUGUCACAGCGACAUCGGCCACGCCGCCUCAGUAACAACCCUGGCGGGGAGGGCUGGCUGGGCUGCCCCGCCGAGAAAUGAGAAGCCCCGAAGGUCCUUCUCUUCCUUCGUAAGGCCCUUUCACUGCGUUACUCCCUACUCCUAUCGAUUCUCGCCCCCCCCUCUCCGGCAAGCCCUGCCCCGCGGCGGACGGCUGCCCGUGCCGGCGGUCCCCCGGCUGCGCUGCCGGCGGGGGGAGCGGCUCCUCCCUCGGCGGGGGGGGCCGGGGGAGCCGGCAGCGGGGUCUCCGCUCACUCGCUGCGGCUCCGCGCCCGAGGCGGACCCGCCGCGCAGCGCUGCGCCCCCGGGACGCGAUGCCGGGGCCGGGGGCCGGCGGGGCGGCGCGGCGGGGCAGCUGCGGCGGCGGCGGCGGCGGCGGCGGCGGCGGGACCCCCGCGCCCGAGGCGCCCCUCAAGACUGUUCCUUCCCGCCGGUGUUCAGCACCAUCACUCUUAUUCAGCAAAGGUCUGAGCAAGCCAUGGUUGCCUUCAGCCAGGUCUUUAUGAGAGGGAAGCCAAAGACACCUGCUCGUGUUGUUAGUGAGCCUGAGUUUGAAAGCUGGGGUUCCCAAGCCCCUGACAAGGAGAAUUAGCUAUGUUUAUAAAUCUGAAUGGAAGAAAAGGAACAAACUCAGCUUAAGCCAAAUCCAGGGAGACGGCCAUAACUGGACAGCAUUCCCACCAAAGUCAUAGAUUCUCAUUCUUCUAUUUGGGAUAAAAGUGUCCACAAACGGGAGAAAAAAAAAGAAGAGUGAGAACUGAUAAAGACAGCCUGCAGCUACAUUUCAGGAGAACCCUGUCCUUCUUGUUCAAAGAAAGCAUGAUGCGUAGCUUUUCCUCACUGUCUUCAAGUGGCUCUACAGAAACCUUGCAGACCUCUUCUAGCCUGUCUUCCCUCUUGCCAGUCUCUGCUGUGGCUUUGGAUCUGUCUCCCAAAGGAAGAACAAAUGGAAAACCAUGUAUAAACAGCUGAGCAGCUGGAGGGCAGGUUCUUUCUGCUUGUCACUUUUCCUGUCCACCUUCCAUGGGCGUCUCUGACCUCCAUGCUACCACUGCCCUCAGCUAUGGGCACUGCACUAGUUGGGUAACAUGGGAGUGAUCAGAGCUGCUUGCUCCUCACUGAGUGCUCUCUUUCAUCUACCCAGCUUCUGCCUGUCAUAUGUAACUUUCACCGGUAUCUGAACUUUCACCAGAAACUGCAUUUCUUACCCCACCCUACCAUCAGACCAUGGUCUGAAAGGAGAAAAUGAGAGAGAAAAAUAGAAGAAUACUGUAUCUACAUAGAUAUUAAAAAAAUAUUUCUUUCUGGUAAUUAUUACUUGGUAUGUUUGUCUCCUUGAAGAUGUCAGCCAAAUGUCCUUGCCACAAGCCUUCCCACUAUGCACCAGCUGAAGGGUUUGAACCCUUUGUCAUUGUAAUGGUUGAGUCCAAAAAUAAGUCACAGUGGCUUGCACCAAGUGCUGUCUCAAUAUUUGCAUCUGAGGAGUCAGCCACUCCUCACCCAGCAUCUCUGUCGGCUGCUGCCCCGCCUCUCAUGGGCCCAGGAGCUAUGUGCCAAGGGUACAGGUGGAAGCUGUUCAACCGACUAAACCAUCUCCCUCCUCCCUGCUCUGUUACAGCCCAUUUGACAGCUGUCAGAUGUUCUCAGCAUGGUGGCUGCUGUUGUUGCUGGAUUCGUACUGAUGGGAACUUUGCCUUAAGUGUUCCUGCUUUUAGCUGUUAUUUGGACACAACAACAACACGUUCCCAAGGCAACACAAGUUUGGGAAGGUCUUUGACAAUGUUUGGUACUUUCUACCUCCCCAAACACCAAGCGGACUUCAAGAAAAUAAUGCAAAGGUAUUUGUAUCAUUCUGUAGCUUUCCAUAUGCUGACCAGCAAAGACACUGAGAAGGUUUGCGGGUCCUUCAGAUGAAAGGUUUUAAGAUUCAUAUAUAGCAAAACCAGGGACCACAAUCUAUUCCCCCUUAAAACAUCUUUACCCCCUUCUACAGAGAGCUACAGUCAGCAGGUACAUUGAAGAUUUGUUACUAGCUGCUCUUAAGUUGAAGCAUAACCAUUCCUGGAGGUGUUGAGAGAAGUGUGAGCAUGCACACACUCUCCUGCAGGACAGCUGGUUAGCAGGAAUCAGGUUAGCCAGCAUUAAUGGGGUAAAGCCCAGUGACAACUAGGGAGUCUGUAGUACAAAUCAGUUCUGACAUGUGCAAGUGCUGUCACCCACAAUCAGCUGAUAUAAUAGGAUGGUUUCUUGGUUUUCUCUACACUUUUGUUAUUCUUGCAUAUCUUAGGGGCACAUCCAAACACCUCCUGAAUUCUUGCAAGAUCUUAGCAGGAUUCAUAUUUUACAUUUUGUAUUAUAACACUACUUAUUAAAGAAAAGGAAACCUUCCUCAUUUUCCUGUCAUGAUGCAUAUCACUUUUAAUGCAUCAGAUUUGUGGAGAAGGAAUGGCUUCUGCCCAUGCACAAGAUCGUUAGCAUGUCAACGUCCUGUUAAAGGUUUGUGCAGCAUGGCAUCAUGGUAAAGAUGUGCCAGAGGAUCUCAGUGAUCCAGUGCCCAGUUGCAGUAAAGCAAAUUGCACAACAGGAAACAACUUGCUGUGGCCCCAUAAGUUAGCCCAAGGCAGAGUUCAUUCAGAGCAGAAUUCCACUAGGGACACAGUGAGAUCUCUUCCUUCAUAAAAUUUUGUCUGGUAGUAGAUCUUUGAAUCAUACUAACUUUUUUAGAGAUGAGUCAUGGACUAAAACUUGAUUCAAGUACCACUUAGAGCAACUCGUCCCUGAAUUCCAGCUUUGCAGCAUUCCUGUGCAAUAUUUCUGUGACAACUCAAAUCAAAUUUUAGAUGCUGUUCUCUUUCCCUUUUCUCUCUGUGUCCCCAGACUUGGCAUUCCAGGCAAGCACCCUGAUAUUAAACACAUCCUCUGUAACGAUCAGGUGCAGCCUAGGUCAUGCUUUUACCAUCUGUUUUCUGUAGAAAUGAUUUGGGGAAUGCAUCAUGUAGACUCUGUAUCUCCUUUUGCUGGUACUGAAAAUAAAAGGGAUCACAAUGAAAACCACUGGCCAGGCGCAGGGUAGUUUUCUCUCAGCUAUGCUGAGUGCACAGCGGUCAUGAAGAAGAGCAGACUGAAAGGAGUUACACCUCACACUGCCAGAGCCUGCCCACCCUCUCCCUGACACUCACCUCAUUCAAAAUCUGCCAAGGCACUUGUUCCCAACUCCUAUUUAAAAUCAGGGUGGGUAGGUGAUUAAAAAGGCAAUAGAUCCUGAAGUAUCUUUGAGGAUCUGGUCCUUGGCUCCACUUCCUCACCAGAGCG